AUGGCGGCAGCUCCGCCGCUCUCCAAGGCCGAGUACCUGAAGCGCUACUUGUCGGGGGCCGAUGCCGGGGCUGACGGGGGCCCCGAGUCCGGUCGCAAACGCCGCAAAAAGAGGCCGAAGCCCGGCGGGCCCGGCGGCAAGGGAAUGCGGAUUGUGGAUGACGAUGUGAGCUGGGCCACAAUCUCCACCCCUAAACCAGAAAAGGAGGAAGACGAAGAUGAUGGAGACCUGCCUGUUGUGGCUGAGUUUGUGGAUGAGCGGCCAGAAGAGGUCAAGCAGAUGGAGGCCUUUCGGACCAGUGCCAAAUGGAAGCUUCUAGGAGGCCACAUUGAAGACCUAGCCUCACAGAAGCAUUUCCGCCAUGACACCCCGGAUUCUUCUCCCAGGAGGGUCCGCCAUGACACCCCGGAUUCUUCUCCUCCCAGAAGAGUCCGCCAUGACUCCCCAGAUUCUUCUCCUCCCAGGAGGGUCCGCCAUGACUCCCCGGAUCCUUCCCUGCCCCAGAGGCCACAUCGGAAUUCUUCAGCUGUAUAUCCUCGGAAAGCCCGUCAAGCCUCACCAGCUCUGUCUCCUCUGCGGAGGGGUCAUCACAGUUCCUCAGCUGUAUCUCCCCCGCCAAGGGCUCGUCAUGACUCCCCCAGCUCUUUGCCCAGAAGACGACAUCCCAGCCACACCUUGGACUCUGGUGAUAGCCAGCAGGCCUCUGAUUCAGAUCUUUCUCCUCCCCGGCCCAAACCCCAACACGGUGCAGGGCACCCAGAUUCUGGCUCAGAUCUGUCACCACCGCGGAACAGACCUUCGCACCGGAGCUCGGAUUCUGACCUCUCGCCACCAAGAAGGAAACGGAGGACCCGCUCUUCUGAUUCUGACCUGUCGCCACCUCGGAGGAGCCAGCCUCCUGGCAAGAAGGCUGCGCACAUGUUAUCUGGGGCCAAAACUGGCUUGGUGCUAACUGACAUACAGCGGGAGCUGCAGGAGCUCAAGAAGCGGGACCUAACAGGCCUGGGCUUUGAAGUAUGCCUUCAUGGGAUCUCAGUAUGCCUUCAUGGGAUCCUGCAGUAUGCCUUCAUGGGAUCUCAGGAUGCCUUCAUGGGAUCCCAGUAUGCCUUCAUGGGAUCUCAGGAUGCCCUCAAGGGAUCUCAGUAUGCCCUCAUGGGAUCCCAGUAUGCCUUCAUGGGAUCCCAGUAUGCCUUCAUGGGAUCUCAGUAUGCCUUCAUGGGAUCCCAGUAUGCCUUCAUGGGAUCCCAGUAUGCCUUCAUGGGAUCUCAGUAUGCCAUCAUGGGAUCUCAGUAUGCCUUCAUGGGAUCCCAGUAUGCCUUCAUGGGAUCCCAGUAUGCCUUCAUGGGAUCUCAGUAUGCCACCAUGAGAUCUCAGGACACCUUCAUGGGAUCUCAGGGCGCCAUCGUGGGAUCUCAGGGCGCCAUCAUGGGAUCUCAGGGCGCCAUCAUGGGAUCUCAGGAUGCCAUCAUGGGAUCUCAGGAUGCCAUCAUGGGAUCUCAGUAUGCCUUCAUGGGAUCUCAGUAUCCCAUCAUGGGAUCUCAGGAUGCCUUCAUGGGAUCUCAGGAUGCCUUGGGAUCUUACAUGGUUCCAAACCUGAAGGGUGAAAUGCUGCCCAGUUCAGGGUUCCACCUGAUUAGUGUGUCUCUCGAUUGCAGGUCCAAUGGGUUUGAGCAGAAGCGCUUUGCCAGACUGGCCAGCAAGAAGGCAGUGGAGGAACUGGCCUACAAGUGGAGUGUUGAAGACAUGUAACUUUCCCAGACUGGGGCUGUGACUCUGGGUUGCCAUAGUAGCAUUGGUCAGCACAUACCCAGCAGUUAGAGUUGUCACAGAGACCAGCAACUUGAUGAGUGUCAGUUUUGACCCCACGGACCCCAGAAGAAUAUGUGGAACUCGCCGUUUGGACUGAGACGCCUGUAUUUCCUGGGUGUGCUAACACUGUUGUUACUGGCAUUCAGAGGAAGCAUUGAUCUCAGUAUCCCAGGGCUUACUAUCCCAGGGUAAGGAUUUUUCUUUUUUAAAUUAAUAAACAUACAUUUAUUUUUUUAAA